GCCACAGUGCCCUGCUCAGAAGCCCGGGGCUCGUCAGUCAAGCUGGUUCUCGGCUCUCACUCGGCAGCACAGGCAGGCGAGUGGCCCUUAGUUCCAGGAGCAGAGCAGCAGAGCCCCAGUCCUGGUCCUCCAGCCCCAAGCCUCGCCUGCCCGCCCAGCACCAGGAUGGCCACCAUCACCUGCACCCGCUUCACGGAAGAGUACCAGCUCUUCGAGGAACUGGGAAAGGGAGCGUUCUCAGUGGUGCGCAGGUGCGUGAAGGUGCUGGCUGGCCAGGAGUAUGCUGCUAAGAUCAUCAACACCAAGAAGCUCUCGGCCAGAGAUCAUCAGAAGCUGGAGCGCGAAGCCCGCAUCUGCCGCCUGCUGAAGCACCCCAACAUCGUCCGGCUCCACGACAGCAUCUCCGAGGAGGGACACCAUUACCUGAUCUUCGACCUGGUUACCGGUGGGGAACUGUUUGAGGACAUCGUGGCCCGGGAGUAUUACAGUGAGGCGGAUGCUAGUCACUGUAUCCAGCAGAUCCUGGAGGCCGUUCUCCACUGCCAUCAGAUGGGUGUGGUGCACCGGGACCUGAAGCCGGAGAAUCUGUUGCUGGCCUCCAAGCUCAAGGGCGCCGCAGUGAAGCUGGCAGACUUUGGCCUGGCCAUAGAAGUGGAAGGGGAGCAGCAGGCAUGGUUCGGGUUUGCAGGAACGCCAGGAUACCUCUCCCCAGAAGUGCUGCGGAAGGACCCGUAUGGCAAGCCUGUGGACCUGUGGGCCUGUGGGGUCAUCCUCUACAUCCUGCUCGUUGGGUAUCCUCCAUUCUGGGAUGAGGACCAGCACCGCCUCUACCAGCAGAUCAAAGCUGGAGCCUAUGAUUUCCCGUCACCAGAAUGGGACACAGUCACCCCGGAAGCCAAGGAUCUAAUCAAUAAGAUGUUGACCAUCAACCCAUCCAAACGCAUCACGGCCGCCGAGGCCCUCAAGCACCCCUGGAUCUCGCAUCGGUCCACUGUGGCCUCCUGCAUGCACAGACAGGAGACCGUGGACUGCCUGAAGAAGUUCAACGCCAGGAGAAAACUGAAGGGAGCCAUCCUCACCACCAUGCUGGCCACCAGGAACUUCUCUGGAGGGAAGAGUGGAGGAAACAAGAAGAAUGAUGGUGUGAAGAAAAGAAAGUCCAGUUCCAGCGUUCAGUUAAUGGAAUCUUCCGAGAGUACCAACACCACCAUCGAGGAUGAAGACACCAAAGUGCGGAAACAGGAGAUUAUUAAAGUGACAGAGCAGCUGAUUGAAGCCAUAAGCAAUGGAGAUUUUGAGUCCUACACGAAGAUGUGUGACCCUGGGAUGACGGCCUUCGAACCCGAGGCCCUGGGGAACCUGGUCGAGGGCCUGGACUUCCAUCGAUUCUAUUUUGAAAACCUGUGGUCUCGGAACAGCAAGCCCGUGCACACCACCAUCCUGAACCCCCAUAUCCAUCUGAUGGGUGACGAGUCGGCCUGCAUUGCCUACAUCCGCAUCACGCAGUACCUGGAUGCAGGCGGCAUCCCCCGCACGGCCCAGUCCGAGGAGACCCGCGUCUGGCACCGCCGGGACGGCAAAUGGCAGAUCGUCCACUUCCACAGAUCUGGGGCGCCCUCCGUCCUGCCCCACUGAAGGACCAGGCCGGGGGCCCUGGACCGCAGAGAUUUACUCUUCGUUCAUGGAAUGUGGCUGCUGGUUCUCCCACUUGGAUUUUGCUGGAAUUCCCCCAAUCACGUCACCUCACUACCACCAUCAUCACCAUCACCGUCAGAGCUACGUCAAAAAAUCCUGCCUGCUCACAAAAGCUAUCACGACUUCCGAGCAAAUGGCACAUCUCCCUGCCACCCCCUGUCCCUUUUGCUCUGUGUCACCUGCCAGGGCGGGGCCUCCUCAGGACUGGGUGCCCAGGGAGGUGGGGGGGCUCCCCUCUGGGUGCUGGCUCCGAGGGCUCCCCCUCCUGGCUGUUGUCGGCCUGGUCUUGCCUUGGCUGUAGGCCAGAAUGCCCAGCUGUGUGUCCCCCCCAGCCGCUGAGGAGAAGGAGGGGCGGAAUCAGGAGGAAUGUGGCAUCCGCCCCCAUCUCCCUGUCUCUCCCUUCCAGGGUCCCCCAGCCCCGUGAGCCAGCCUCCCCUGUGGGAGAGGGUGAGAGAGGAGCAGACGCCAGGAGCCCCCACCUCACACUGCCUCCCUAGCUCCUCCUUCUCCAGUCCUGCUCGUCCUCCUGUCCAUGCGGACCCUUCUCCCUCCGUGUGUGGAGUGCGAUCCUCUCAGGGUGCCCCCACUCUUUCCUUCUGCCUUCGGCUGAUGUUUACGUCCAACAGUAACGCCCAUUCCACCUUUCCAUCAGUCCCGGAGAAUUCCAGCUUCGUCCCAUCAGAGGGAGAGAAUCUGAUUGCUUUUUGGGGGCAAAGAAGGCACGUUUAGGUACCACUCCUACUUGGACCGCAUGCCUUUUUAUAGCCAAACUCCUUUGUGUUUCGUAAAUGGAUUUUGCGUUCAUGGAUAUUUAUGUAAUAACUAAACCUCUCAAAUUAUUGUGAGGAGGGUUGGGCCUGGUUGGGAAGGGAUGUGGGAAGAGGGGUGAGGGGUAGAUUUUUUUCUGUUCUAGGUCUUUUUUUCUUCUUCUUCUUCUUCUUUGUGUUUUUGUUUUGUUUUGUUUUGUUUUGUUUUUUUGUUUUGUUUUGUUUUUGUUUUCAUGUCAUCUCUGAGAUUCGCUUUGUCACCUGUGGUUAUCUGGGUCCGAGGUGGACUCAGCCCUGGGUGGGGCGGAGGGCCUCGCUGACAUUUUGGUCCCAAGGUUCCUUUCAGGACUCUAGAAACACCAGAUGUUAGUGCUAAGAAACAGCAAAUCAGGGCAGAGAGAGUGGGGGAGGUUGUCAGGACAGAAAUAUCUUUUUUUUUUUUUUUUUUUGCUUGCCUCCCAAACUGAAGUUCCUACUAGGACGCUUCCCAGCUUCCCAGGAUUUCAUCCCACCACAUCCGUGUGUGCCCCCCCCCCCAGCAUUCCCCAGUCUUUGGGGGUUCACGAGCAUGUGUCUUCAUUGCCUCUCCCCUCCUCAUCUGCUGGUUCAAGCAGAGCACUGGAAUUUCUCCUCUUCACGCCUCGUCCUGCAGCCGUGGGUUCGAAUUUCUUUUCUUUUCUCUUUCCCUCUUCCCCGGGAUUGACUCUGAUGUGGAAUGCCUUGGCACGUCCACUAGGAUCUACUGUCUGCACUGUUUUCUUUGCAUGACUUUAUAUGCAGUAAGUAUGUUCAAAAAAAAAAAAAAAGAAGAAAAACAUUCAGCAAAACCAAUCUACAUGUUUUGGACAAAAAAAAAAAAAGAGGUUGUAUUCUCAGUGUCCGACUCGGAAUUAUGUUGCCGCCUCUCUGUGCUUUUUGGCCUCUGUGUGGCCGUGUUCUGCCAGCAUGAGAUACUGUCCCCUCUGGAGGAUUUUAGGGGAGGAAGAGCCACAUCCCUGGGGAUCUGGAGGAGGCUCUGGUUCCCCUGAACCUCUGGGGAGUCCUGGGUGUUGGCUGGAGGACUGAUGGGGAUGUUUGAUCUGGGACUUUUUGAGUCCUCCCUGAUCAUGAGAUGUCUGCUGGGCCCUUUUCUCCAUAGCUGCUGCCCUGGGGACAGGUGAGGCAGGCUGGACUGGGGCCGCAGGCCAGGAAAGAGGCUGCCUGGGCUUCCUGCUCUCCACAUUGGUUGAUCACUGGCCUCUAUCCUUGGCAGACACCCUGCUGCUGAGGCCCAGGGCGUAGGAACUUGGCCUGCCCCGGGUCCAGAGGGCUUCCCACUAAGGCCCAGUGAUCCCAGCGUCCCAGCAGUAAAACCACCUGCCUCCCUUGUGAGCUGCCAGCUCCCACAGCAAGCCCCAAGCCCAACGUGAAGGUGUGGCCUUCACAGGGGAUGCUGCAAUUACCAAGACCAAGUCUGGUCCCCUUCUCAGCCUCAGUUUCCCCAUCAGUUAAAGGGUUAAAUAUUCCUGCCCAGCCUAUGCUGCAGGGCUAAUGGGGGAAUCCAACGGGACAGUGAAGUGAAACCCAAUGUACCUGUGAGAACUGACAGUGUUAGUCACUGGCUAGACUCCUGCUUCGUUUGGAGCCUGGCCAGCCCACCACUCCCGCACCUGCCCCUCAUUCCCCUCUUUGGUGCCUGUCAACUGCUCAUUAGCAGUGGACUGCGGGCAAAGAGCCAUGCUUUGGGGGUUACUAGGAUUAGGAUUCCAUUCCCAGGUCUUACCAGACUUGCUGUGUGACCUUGGGCAAGUCCUUUUCCUGCUCUGGCCCUGGGUUUUUCCACCAGGGGCAACUGAGCUGGAGGACCCCAGUGUCCUGAUUCUCAUUUGCUGGCACGCCUCAUGCCUCCUAUCCACUGUGUCCCAUUCCAAGUGCCAGAGAAAUGGAGGCAGGUCCCUACCCCAGGAGGAGAUGGCUCCCCCGGAGGAAGGCCACUCCGGUUGGUAGGAAGUCAGCCAGCGUGGACCACAGGGCAUUGGUGCCAUCCUGAGGCCCAGGCAGGGGAGGCUGGCAGACACAGCAGCCCAGAGCCCAACCCCAGCAGACAGUGAAACUCUGCUCCUCUAAAACAUCCUGUAGAUGCAAAAAAAAAAUCCAGACCUAAGACUAGACCUAGGCUCCAGCAUGCCAACACCUCUAUAGGAAAGUAUUCUCCCAGGACUGUGCGCCCCGGGGCGCUAAUCCUGGCCUCCUGUCUCCCAAGGGGAGACCCUUUGGGGGAUGUGUUUGCCAGACUCCCCGUGCUGGUUUCUUUGUUACUAUUUGUUUGGGGAUUUGUUUCAGUUCUUCCUUUCCUUUCUUUCUUUCUUUCUUCUUCUUCUUCUUUUUUUUUUUUUUCCUUUU